AUGGAACCCACUUUAAUUCCUGAGAAUAUUCUUGAUCCAAACAUUCUUGCUGAAAUUCCUGAUGUCGAAAAAGUGCUCCAUAUUUAUGUCUUGGGUGGUUCCCCUUGGGCAACUAAACUAAGGAUUUCAACAACACUAAAAGACAGGAAGGAUCAAGACUACUAUUUGAAGACAGCAGUUGGCGAUUUAGGUCGAGCUUCUAUAAUUGGAGAAUUUGAGUCGAUGAAGGCUAUACAAAAAGUCACUCCAAAGUUUAUAGCUCCACCAAUCGCCCAAGGACCAAUGAAGGGCAAGCCAGACUGUCACUUUUACCUUGGCCAAUAUCUACCUAUCAUAGAUGAAUUGGUAGAGCCCACACAUUUCUGUGAACAGAUUGCUAUGCUCCAUAGGAAUUCUGUUUCUCCAAAUCGCAAAUACGGCUUCCACACAGUGACAUUCAAUGGUGACCUCCCACAGAAAAAUGACUAUCCUGAUAGCUGCGAAUCUUUCUUCGCAGCUGGUUUUCGCCAUAUGUUGGAUAUGAAUAAAGCACGUGCAGGGCCGAGUGAGGAGCUAGACGCUCUGCUCCCUGCCUUCUUUGAGAAGGUCAUUCCUCGACUGCCGAGACCUUUGGAGGCAAAUAUCAGACCAAGUCUAGUUCAUGGAGAUUUGUGGUAUGGAAAUGCUGGUGUCAAUACUCUCGAAGACAAAGCUGUAAUAUUCGAUCCUGGAUGCUUCUAUGCUCACAACGAAUAUGAACUAGGUAACUGGCGAGCAAAGCGUAAUAAGUUCUCAAAGGCAUAUUUUGAUGCUUAUCAUGCCUAUAUUCCAAAGGCUUCGCCUCAAGAAGACUAUCAAGAUUGCAUUGUUCUGUACUCUCUACGCUUUAAUCUGCAUGCUGCAAGUCUUUUCCCUACAGUCCUAGGACAUCGAGAGUCGCGAAAUUAUACAAGAUAUGAAGUAUUUGGUAGAGAAAUCCCUGAAGGAUUGUCAUCUGGUUUCGAAGCUUGA